AUGGACAUGGAGUUCAAUGCUGUGAGCAUGGGGGAGUGGGCCAAGACGUUGCUGCAUCUUUGCUUUUGUCUCGUCCUGGGUUGGACGAACAGCAUCAUGAUGUUCAGAUUUCGCGUCUUUGCCACGAUGAUGGUAGGAAACACGAUUCUUAUGGGAGUCUCUUUGGCAUGCCAGGAGGGCUUGGUGGUGACGCCGGACGAAAUCAAGCUUUGCCCCGCUGAGUUCCCGCCACAGUACUAUGCUGUCCUUAUCCUUCUUUUUGUGUGCGGUGCGUUUUUUCACGGGAUGAUGGAGAGAGCAUACAGCUGGACUCCAAGAGCAUUUGCUCCGAUGAUCGUCCUCGUUAUUGUUGCCGAAGAAAUUCGAGAGCGUUGCAGCUUGAAGGCGAAGGCUCUUCACGAUGACAAGUACUAUGCCUACUUGCUGGCACCAGUCUUCGGGGUCACCGGCUCAAUCUCGAUGAAGUGUGGCUUGCAAGGUGUGCCAUGGGCGGCUUCAGGAAACAUGCUGAGUUCGGCGUACCACUUUGCACACUACCUUCAAGGGUCUGAUGCCGAGGACCUGAAGAAAGCCGUCAUCCCGCUUGGCAUGUGGGUGUUCUUCCUCAUCGGGGUAGUCCUGGGAAACUCUCACCACACCAGGUCCAGCCUCAUUUGCAUCUCCGUCGCAUUGGCCGUGCUCUUCCUGGCCAUGAGCGUGGUCCUGCCCAAGAAGAAGCAAGGUGCACCUGGUGUCAUCGGCCAGUGA